AUGCACGAUGGCCAUCACAAUGGUCACAAGACUUCAAGUCAUCAAGACCCAGGCCCGAGCCCACCUGGAUCCGUCGGUUGCACACCACACGGCGAUCACUGGCAUUGUCGUGGACCUGCGACGAGCACAACUACGAUGGGCGCAACUGCGACGGGCGGAACUGCAAUGGGCGUACCUGCGACAAGUGUACCUGCAACGAGCGUAACUGCGAUGGACUUACCUGCUACAAUGACCUCAAAUCCCACAGGCGCUUUCACAGGUGGUGCUGCUUUGAUCAAUAUUGCGAGGUUGGAUCAGUUCGCAGCGGUGAUGGGUGGCGUUGCUGCCAUGAUGAUGUGGUGA